AUGAUCGGAAAUCAAUUAGGGGUAAAUGAUAGUGAUAAUCAAAACAGUAUUAGAAGCAAAUGUAGUUCUAGAAAGAAGGAGAGAAUAAGGAUAUAUUAAAGACGCAAAAAACAAAUUAAUAAUAAAGCAAAACAAAAAAAUUAAAGAGAAUAAAAGUUACGAUUAUAGAAACAGAGAUAAAAGAAGUAAAGAUCUAGGUCAAAGAAGAAGCAAUUAAAGAAUAGAAAAAUUAAUAAAAUUAAAUAUUACAGAGAAGAUAAAUACCAAAAAACUUCAGAAUUUGUUGUUGAAAAUAGGGUACUAAUAGAUUAUGGAUAAGGAUUAAAGAUAUUAAAAGAAAAAAAGAAUUAAAGAGAAAAAAGAGAAAGGGAUAGCGAAAAAGAAUUAAGAUUAUCAUAAAAGCAACAAGAAAAAGAGAAGGAUAGUUAAGUAAAGAAAAUUUUAAAAGAGAAGAAGUUCUUCCUUACCACUAUAAUCCCAUUAUUAUGA